UGAUUAUUGAUGUUUUGUUUUGCUGUAAUUCUGUAAUGUUGAAAGUAAAAUCCUAGCUACAACGGAUAUUUCUGUUGUUCUGAAGUCCAACAACAAUUCACUCUAUGUCUUCUAAAAGUAAACACAUUUUUACUUCAGUUUAUUUUGGACAAGAUAUAUAAAAUCCUGAGGUUUCAAACAUUUACUUAAGAUGUAUCUUAAAUAUAAACAUGUCUUAAAUACGUGUGUUUGAAAUAAAUGGACAAAACAGCAUUCACGUGUAUUUGUGUAUGCCCAGUUACACUUGCAUUAAUUAACUUUGCCUAUCAAAGUAAAGAUAUAUAACGCAGCUGGAAAAUUUUUGACUUGAACUGACUAAAAUGAGUUUUUUUUCUGUUUGUUUUAUAAAAGAGAUGCAGCACUAGGAUUCCUAUUAAAAGGUCUCCGAGUCCAGUGAUUUUGCCAUCAUAAUUUCUUUAUUUUUUGACUAUACUGACAUUCCUUCAAGUUAAUUAUAUUGUUCUUCCAUAAAGCAAUUAAAGCUACAAUGGGACUAGACUACAGCCCUCCUGAAAACAGCAGCAACUGCACCACAGAUAGCAAGAUGAAUCAAGUUCUCUUUCCUUUGUUAUAUACUAUUAUCUUCUUCACUGGCAUAAUCAUGAAUGGCUUGGCCAUGGGAGUUUUUUUCCAGAUCCCCAGCAAAUCAAAUUUCAUUGUCUUUCUCAAGAACAUAGUGAUUUCUGACAUUCUGAUGGUAUUAACGUUUCCAUUCAAAAUUCUCAGUGAUGCAAAACUGACUUCCUGGAAAUUGAGAGGAUUUGUUUGCAAGGUGACUCAGGUCAUAUUUUACUUCACCAUGUACAUCAGCAUUAUUUUUUUUGGACUUAUAACGAUUGAUCGAUAUUUGAAGACUGUCAAACCUUUCAAAUCAUCAAGAAUUGACAAAGUACCAGCAGCCAAGAUUUUGUCUAUAAUUAUCUGGGUUUUCAUGUUUUCUGUUUCCCUCCCAAACAUGAUUUUGACAGACAAGAAACCAACAUAUGAGAAUGUGAAGAAAUGUGCUGAUCUAAAAUCUUCCUUAGGAUUACUAUGGCAUGAAAUCGUUGCAUAUAUUUGCCAGUUUAUCUUCUGGAUUAAUUUUGUUAUCAUAGUUGUAUGCUACAUACUCAUUGGCCGGGAACUGUACAACUCUUACAAAAGAACAAGACGUUUGGGAAAGGCAAACAAGAAGACUGUGAAUAUCAAGAUUUUCAUAAUUAUUGGUGUAUUUUUUGUCUGCUUUGUUCCUUUCCAUUUUGCUAGAAUUCCUUAUACUCUGAGCCAAACCAGAGAUGUUUUUCAGUGUUCAACCCAGAAUAUUUUGUUUUACAUAAAAGAGACCACUUUGUGGUUGACUUCCUUGAAUGCAUGCUUAGACCCAUUCAUUUAUUUUGCCCUCUGCAAAUCAUUUAGAAAGUCUCUUUUAAAUAAUUUGCAUAAAUGUUUAAGGAAAACAACAGAGGAUCAUAGUAGAGAAACUACAGAUCAAGAGACACCAAUGUAGAUAAACAAAAAACCUAGCCAAAUAUAGUUUGCAUCACUCUGAUGCAAGUUAUAUUUUCUAAUAGAAAUUCGUCAUUCUUGGUUUUACAGAAAUCAGGAAUCGCACAUAGCCUAUGAUACUAACAACCAGCUACAGAAUUAUUGCUGCUGCAUUUUCUUUUAAUAUCAUAGCUAGAAAGAUUGAUUCACACUAAGAAAAAAUGAAUUGGACAGGAACAAAAAUUCUGUAUACUUAAAGAAAAAGGCUCUUUAGAGGAAGGCAGGGAGCACUAAGUAUACAAAAAAGUAGAUGACUAUUAAAGAAGUUCAGUGAUAAUGAUAAGUAGACAUCACUCAGAAAUCCUAUAGACUUAAAAAGAAAAAGAUGUUUCAAAAUCUUCAAUCCAGAAUUUUCUAUUAGUAACUUUAUAUCUUUUUAAGGUCUAGUUCCCAGACACUCUAAUAAUCAACACCUUCAACUCCCUUUCCCUUCAGAAAGGCAUAAAUUGAUGCCUCAAUUGAUGCAUCAAUUUUUUUCACCUUGGGCCCUUUGUUUCUGGAUUAAUUAGAAGUCUCUCUUCCUUGUAUUACCAUAUUUUUCAGAGUAUAAAACACACUUCCCCCCCCCCAAAAAGGGGGUGAAAAUCUGGGUGCUGCUUAUACUCUGAAUGUAGCUACACCCAGCUUCUCAAACAGAGGUUUCAGAGGGUGAAAAAAGCAUCAGAAACAAAACUUCAGAAAAGAAGCCCCCAAACAGAGCUUCAGAAAAGAAGCUCCCAAACAGAGCUUCAGAGGCUUUUUGUUCUGAAGCUCUGUUUCGGAGGCUUUCAGAGGCAGGAAAAAAAGUUUUUUCUGAAACAGAGUUUCAGAAGUUUCAGAGACGCAAAAAAAAAAAAAAAAAAAGCAAGGCACAGAGCUCACAACCAAGGAACCUGUUGCUAAAAUUCACCUCUGGGAACAGCUGAUUGGGGGUAUUCUGGGAGGCCGAUCCACCCACCAAUCAGCUUUUUUCUUAUUUUCCUCCCCAAAAACUAAGGUGUGUCUUAUACUCCAGUGUGUCUUAUACUCUGAAAAAUAGGGUACUUACAGUAUGUAAACUAACCAAGCAAUUUUAAUAUAUAACUUGGUAGUUUAUUUAGUUAAUAAAACUAAAUAAUGCUGGCAGUUAUUUAUUAUAAAUCAUUUCCCCCAAAGUAUGGAAAAGAGGCACCUAGUUUUAUUUAUAACAAUCUACUACCAUUAAGUAUUUAAGAACACAUAAUAAGCAUUACUAUAAGUAUUACUUUAUAAGUAUUACGUUAUAAGGCUAUACUAUUAUUUUUACUUUAGAAUAAUAUCUUAUUUGCUAUAUAUUAGUGUCUGACUAUGUACCAUCAAAUCUAUGAUAUUUAGUGACCACAUAGAUUUUUUUUCAGGACUUUAUAUCAAUAAGCAUCUUAUAAAUUACUGUUUGAGUGCCUUCAAAAAAAUGAUUUAAGAAAUAAAAUAAUGUCCUAUAUAAUUUAUUUUUGUUAAAUGAUGUAAUAUUUUUUUGGGGGGGAAACCCUGCAUAACAGAAAAUAUGUCUUUUAAAGAAAGAAAAAAAAAUCUGCUUAGUAAGCCUUUUUUUUCUAAAUUGCUUUCUUAAGAUGAAUAAAUGUCUUCAUGUUCUUCAAUUUCAUUUUUUUAAAUAUAUAAAUUAAUUAUAAUUCUGGUAUGGAUGUCAUGUAACACACAAUAUAAAACUGAAUUUUACUGAGAUGAAAAUGGUAAUCAAUUGCUAACUAAUUACUGAAAAAACUGUGAAGUAGGAAAUUAUAAGUAAGACAAUCAUGGCAAACUACAAUUGCAAAAGUCACAAACAUCAAAUGUCAAGUCACAAUAUGAAGCUGGUUUAGAAAUCUUGCAUAAUAUGUUUGCAUGAUGGGCAAUUAAUUUAUCAAAUUCACAAAUUACUGGGGAACAGUUUUGACCAUUGUUUUGCUUGAAGAAAUUGCUGUGUAGAAUAAUGGUAGAGGAAUUAGGAAAUUAAAUAAAUGGGAAAUGAAAGCAGUUCUAGGUUGUAGCUUGAAUAUUUAAAAAAAAAACACCCAAAAGGAAAUAAGACACAAGUGGAACCAAUUAAAAAACAGACAUGAAAACCUAAUCACAACAUGAUGGAUAUCAGCUUGAUGUCAGCUAAGCAGUCCUUCUAACUCUGGUUGUAAUCCACCUGAUUUGAAUAGAAAUAUUGAUAUAAACAAAGUUUAUAAGUUCAUUUAGGGUGAAACUUAUUGCAAGGACACAGUAGUUGUUUUCUAACCUGAAUAAUACAUGCAUUGUAAUAUCUGUUGCUUGAUCUGUAAGUACUGUAAUACCUAUUUCAUUGAAUAAUAUGCAAAAAAAACCCAUUAUAGUUUCACUUUUAUGUGAAGAAACAGAAAUGCAAAAUCUUUGCAAAAGCCUCAGUUAAAAAAAAUAUUUGGAGAAUUAGGCUACAUUUAAUAUCCCUCUUCUUAGUAAAUUCUUCAAAAAUCCUAAUGAACACAACUCAGUCAUUCAUUAAACAUUAAGAGUUGUUAA